AUGGACUACUCUGGAAUUCCACGUGGUUCAAUUAGGGGGGAUGCUUUAAAGAAAUUAGCAAAAUUAUCGGUUGAAAAUUCCCCUUCGAGUUUACAAGAAGCUAGUGGAGAAUCAACUAAUGAUUUCUUUAAUUUGCUAUCCCAUACGACAAGAAAUGAAAAAACGCAGCUAUCAGAUGUUGCUAUUUCUCCUAAAGAAUUUGAGGUUUUGAUUGCAUUAUGUGAAUCAACUGCAUCAGACAUGAAGUUCCCUAAGCAAGCAAAAAUACUUUUAGACAAAAUUAGAUUAUAUUUAUUAGAGUUACCAAGUCAGAAGUUUUCCAGUUCCGUAUUUGACUUAACAUAUAAAUCUUCUCCCUGGAAUUUACUCGGUGAAAAAUUAACUACUGCUGCAAUCAAUCUAGGUAAAAAAUUCAAUUCUGUUUUUCUUGAUAAGGUGCUAAAUUUACUUGUUGAAUUUAACGAAAAAUUGUUUCAUAACAAGACAUUCGAAUUAUCCAGCUAUUUGACCCUCUUAGGGUUUAUUGAAGGUUUGGCUAGAAAUGCGUGGAUCUUUCAUCAUUCAGAAAAGUCAUUCAACACGUUUAUUACUUUGGACACCUGUAUUGAUAAUUUUGAGUUUCUCAAUGAAGCAGAGAUUUAUUCAAACGUUUUGUAUUCGCAACCGACUGAGUAUUCUUCGUUGAUAGAUCGUGAUAUUAUUUGUGAUUUCUCACCAAUCCUUUAUAUUGAACGUUUAAGCAAGUUGCAGUGCUCCAUUAUUGAUUCCAUUCUUGGUAACACUCAGACCUCUUUAUUGGAAUACCUAUUAAAAAAAGCUUCUAGACAGUAUGAGGAUAAUGACUCCAGUUACGAUCUGAACAGCUCUGCAGGGUUAAUGGAUGUUUCCGAAUUUCAUAUGAACAUUAUUGAUAAAUUGUCCUACAUGGCGGUACAAAAAAUGGAAUUCUUGGAUAGGGGUGAAACAUAUAUUGUGUAUUCCACCUUCAAUAGAUUGAAAACUGGAUACUUGGCGAAGUCUAUUAAUUUACAUAUAAUUGGUUGUGGUAUGUUUACUGAUAAUGUUGAUAUUUCAAUUGCAAAGAAAUUCUUGAAAAAUUGCUUAUCUAUCUAUGAUGUUAUGUUAGAUAUCAACUUAGGCUUAAGUGUUAUUCAAUUGGGAUCCCUUUUAGUAUUCAAAGAUGAACAAGUUGGACCACCGAUUACAAGAGCUUUUACUUCUUUGGUAGCAAACCCCAAAUUUGAUACUACUUAUUGCCUGAUUUCUUCGAAAAGUGUGGGUUUAGCAAGUAAAUGUUUUUCUCAGGAUGCUGUUGUUACUACUAUUUAUGCAUUAACGAAUUUAUUGUUUAUUGGAGAUGACGGUGUCCAAGCUAGAAAUUCAGUCAAGAGAAAUACUGCUUUAGGAAGACCCCCUGAUAACUUUGCAGCUAGAGACUUAAACAUAUCUAGAAGUGUGUCUAGAUUCACAUCAAUGAAUUCGCUUGUUAACGAAAAAGCUGAUCCUAGUCUUCAUGAUAAAGCAUCAGUAGGGGAUUAUGAAGAAUCAGAUUACAUGAGAGUAUGUGAAAACGCCAUUAUUGCAAUUAUUGAUAUUACCCAGGCUUGUAACGAUGAAACGAUUAGUACUCUAGCAGUUACUAUCCUAUCCCAAAAAACUGCGAAAUUAAAUUCGAGAAUAGGUGAUAUAUUAUUGAGAGGAUUAGUAUCAUGUGCUCCAUUUUUGCCUAAUCGUGAAUUUAUUAUUUUAUCUAGACUAUUAAAUAAGUUAUCUCUUGAUGCACUAGAAGGAGGAAAUUCUCGUCUAUUAAAUUCUUUGAUCAGAGCAAGAAUUAGUUUGUCCCACAAACUUAAACCUGAUAAUCCGUUAUUCAAGAUUUACUUACAUGAGAUUUUGCAAGCAAUUAUCAGUAAAGGUGAUGUUAGAGUGUUGGAGCAUCAUAGACCACAUACUGAGAUUAGCGAAAUUGGUGAUCAGAUCGGGAUCUAUUUGCAGCCAUUAGCAGAACUCUUGCCGGAUGUUCAUAAAGGAAAGUCUCCAUUAAUUAUCAAUGAUACAUCCACAAUUAAUUUAUUCAGAAAUAUUUGGUUUAAUAUGGUGGUUCAUGGCUAUUCGACUAAUUCAAAGAAUGUAAAAAAGUACAGAGUCGAAUUAGAAAGAAUCGCAUAUAAUUCACCGCCAUUGGCUUCUGAAUUAUCGUGGGAUAGAACCGAAACUUCUUUGGAAUUAAAUACUGUUUUGAGAAGAGGUUCAUCAAACCACAAUGUCAAGGAUCACAGACAUAUUAUGGGUGACAUAUUUGAAGUAAAUAGGACUAUGUCUUACCCUAAAUUGAUGUUCGUGUCAGCUACUGUAUUCGUUGAAUCAUUAAGAGUUAAAUCGGGUGAUUGCUCGACUAUUUUGCAGUAUUAUUCUGAUCCAUCUAUUAAAACUAGUAGUAUCGAUAAGUACGUUGGAAACAUUUCCAACAAAAUUGUGGAAGAUUUUGUUUCUCUAGUCAACAAUGGAGGUAAUGCGCAAUUCACUUCAGAGAAUAUUGCUGAACAGCUAACAUGUAUGUUGGCACUCUGUUGUCAUAGAAUUGAAGAUUUGCAGGAUGCCGCUUUACAGUCUUGUGAUACCUUGAUCAAUAAAAUUCCUUCUUCUUUAUGCCAUCACAAAAGUUUGUUCGCCUUAUUUGAUUUACUAACGCUCCUUUUUGAAAGCAUUGUUGACGCUGAUGAAAACCAAUAUGAGCCCAAAACAUCAUUCCGUGCCGAUAGAACUGGCAUACAAUUACUUUUAUCAGAUUCAUACAAUUGGCGUAAUGAAACCUUCAAACGUUUCCAUGACAAAGCAAAGAGUUGGUUGAAGUUGAUCUUAGUCAAAUGUAAUGUUGAUGUUAAGGCGUUAAUUCAAUCUUAUAUUUCUGGCUUAGAGACAUUUCAGUCUGAUGACAAAGUUCAGUAUGGUGUCUCGUUUGCUUUAGAAAUGGCUGGUAGCGUUUUAGCUAAUGAUAGGGAAUUGUCUAAUGUUUCAAAGUUUGUACCUCAAAAUUUUAACACUUUACCUGUAUUUGUCUCCCAGUUAAGCUGGAGAAGUAAUAUUGUUACUAAACUAAUGGACAAAGUUCCACUACACUCUCAAGAUGAUACUGAAAAUGCCUUCAAUACUAUGCGUCAAAAAGUAAUCGAAAUUAAGUGGAAGAUUUCUGAUAAGCAAUCUAAUAUAUCCAAUGAUGAGACGAUUGACUUGUUAAGUGAACUUGCUGGCUUAGCGCUUGUUUCUUAUAAUAAUUCCGCUGAAAUAAUCAGAUAUCUUGUUGAGAUCCCAUUUGCUAUAUUUGAGUCGUCUAUUAUGAAAACGGCGACCGGCAUCUGGUUUGCUGUUAUGAAGGAACGUCCUAACUUAUCUGUUAUACUCUUGUCUGAGAUUGCAAAGAAGUGGGAGUCAUCAAUUAAAAUGAAACAAGGCUUAUAUUCCACGAAACAUGAUAUUUGCAAUCCUGAAUUUGCAAAAAUGGAAUAUAGCCCGAGUGACCGGAAAGUAGUAAACAGACUUGGUAAUGCUACUAGCAAGAGCUUUGAUCCUCACUUGCAAAUAAUUAAAUUAUUUGCGUCAAAUUUCGAAGCAACAUUAUAUCAAAGUGAUCACUUACUUAAAGUAUUUACUAGAUUCGUUGACUUUGGUUUAAGGGAAUUGGCUAUUGCAAGUCUCCACCCAUUUGCUAGAGUUGUGAGAUUUGAAUUAAUUAGAUUCGCCUUCCAUGUUUUAAAUUAUCAUAUCAAAUUAGGCUCCAGAAGUGUUUUCAGUCUCACUGAAGCAAUAUUUGAUGCGACUUUGUCCUGGUUUAGACAAAGGGCAAGCUACCCAUUUGGGUCUAAUCUACUCAAAACUAAAGCCGAUUAUAGUUUAUUGCAAGAAACUGCUCGUCUAGUAUCGCAUACAAGCACUAUGAAGAAUAAUGAAUUGGAGUCUAAGAGAGCACUCAUUAUGUUUUUCCUUGAUGAUGAAAUUUCAAAAAUUUCUGUUUGGUUAAACCCAAUCAGUACUCGUGAUUUAAAAGGAAAAUUUACUUCCAAUCAUAUCAGCGGUAUUGACAUUUCAAACGCAUAUAAGUUGGAUCCAAUAUUAGCAGUUAAUUUAGCUCUCAGAUACAAACUUAAAGAUUUGGAUCAAAUCUUACAGCAUUUGAUUACAGAAAACCCCUUGCCAGCUAUAUCUUAUCCCGAUGCCGUACAAUACUUUAUUGGUAUAAAUAGUAGAACUAAUAUGCCUUCUCAUCACUUAUUAUUUUGGGAACCAUUGUCGCCCAUUGAUGCAAUAACAUUGUUCUUACCUCCAUUUGGUAGCAAUCCGUACAUUCUUCAAUAUACCAUGAGAUCACUAGAGCAUCAUGACACGAACUUGACGUUCUUCUAUGUUCCACAGAUUGUUCAGUCGUUAAGAUUCGAUGCAAAGGGCUAUGUUGAAAGAUUCAUUCUAGAAACUGCAAAAGUUUCGCAAUUAUUUGCUCACCAAAUUAUUUGGAAUAUGUUAGCAAAUAGUUACAAGGACGAAGAUUCAACAGAUCCGGAUUCAUUGAAGCCAGUCCUAGAUAGAAUCCAGGAUUCAAUGCUCAAAUCCUUGAGUAAAGAAGAUUUUUCGUUCUACGAAAAGGAAUUUGGCUUCUUUAAUGAAGUCACAAGUAUUUCUGGUAAAUUGAAACCAUACAUUAAGAAGUCUAAGGCAGAAAAGAAGGUAAAAAUUGAUGAAGAAAUGGCUAUUAUUGAGGUCAAACCAGGCGUAUACUUGCCAAGUAACCCUGAUGGAGUGGUUGUAGAUAUCAACCGUAAAUCAGGUAAGCCUUUGCAAUCACAUGCAAAGGCUCCGUUCAUGGCUACUUUCAAGAUAAAAAAGGAUGUUGAUGAUGUGGACGAACUGGGUGAACAGGUGAAAGACCAAAUUGAAAAAUGGCAAAGUGCUAUCUUCAAAGUUGGUGAUGAUUGUCGCCAGGACGUUUUGGCACUUCAAUUAAUCUCUGUUUUCAGAACUAUUUGGUCCAAUGCUGGCUUGGAUUUGUUUGUUUAUCCUUACAGAGUAACUGCAACUGCGCCAGGUUGUGGUGUUAUCGAUGUACUUCCAAACUCGGUAUCGAGAGAUAUGCUUGGUAGAGAAGCUGUUAAUGGCUUAUACGAAUAUUUUACUACUAAAUUUGGCCCUGAAAACUCUAUUGAAUUCCAAAGGGCACGUAACAACUUGAUUAAGUCUUUGGCGGCGUACUCGAUCAUCUCGUACAUUCUUCAAUUCAAGGAUCGUCACAACGGUAAUAUUAUGUACGACGAUCAGGGUCAUGUGUUGCAUAUCGAUUUUGGUUUCUGCUUCGAUAUAGUUCCUGGGGGAGUGAAAUUCGAAGUUGCACCAUUCAAGUUGACCCACGAAAUGGUCAUGGUGUUGGGAGGGCGUUCGGACACCCAAGCAUUCCAAUGGUUCGAAGAGCUCUGCGUGAAGGGAUUCUUGGCGUGUAGGCCCUACAUGGAAACUAUUGUCAGAACCGUGAAUCCGAUGCUCGAAAGCGGCUUGCCAUGCUUUAAACCGCAUACCAUCAAGAAAUUGAGAUCGAGGUUCGUUCCUCGCAAGUCUGAGAAGGAGGCGUCGCUCUAUAUGAGAAGCCUCAUCAAAAAAGCGAUGGAAUCGUACUACACCAAAGGUUAUGACGAGUUCCAGCGUAUCACAAACGGGAUUCCUUAUUAG